AUGGAGUAUUUUAAUGAAGAACCUCCUUACCAAGCUGAUGAAGACCAAUGGAGUCAAAUAGAAGAGAGCUUUGCCUUUUUCGAUGAGGAGGUUGACUAUGAAUUUCCACCGUGGCCAGAAGAUUGUUAUCCGAGCUUUGAUUAUGAGGAAGAGACAGACGUUGACGGUUAUAAUUCUGAACCACUAGACGUUUCUCAAGAUAACGCAAGUCACACGAGUUGGUCAAGAGAAAUAGAAACUAACCAAGGAAGCGACAUAGGAGAAACCGAUGAAGGAGACCCAUGGAUUGAAGAAUCUGAUUUUCAAUUUAGUCCAGAAGAAGUAUACGAGCGUGAAGAAGAUGAGAAUUCAGAAGUGUGCCAUGAAGAAGAGCGGAAUUCUGAGGAAGACAAAGAAGUCCAUGAAACUGAAUCAUGGCAUGAAGAAGUCAUAGAAGAAUCAUGA